AGUGGGCGGCGCGGAGGAAUUGUGGUUCCGGCGCAUUGCGCAGCACUACACCUGCACCACUUUGUAAUAAAAUGUGAGCUCCUGUCUAUAAAAGGAGAGGUCCAACCAAAGAAGAUGUUUUCUUCCAUUUGUAGCUGCGCGUACUGACCGAACGCGAGUCCCGCCGAUUUUUUUAAAACAAAAAAUCUUUUGAAAAUUGGAAUUUGUCUACCUUGUCGAAUUCAAAAAAAAAGGCAGCUCACCUAUUCGUGUCUCCCACCAUACAAAUCUGACACACACAAAGAAAGCAAAUAAAUGAUGGCUGUAAAAAUGGGCGUGAUCGAUUCGACGUCUUCAUCCUCGAGGACUCACCUGGCGUUGCGUCUCUCGCUGGCUGUACUCAUGAUAACCACCAUGUUAGCUGGCAGUGGCGAUGCUAUCGACCUGAUGAAAUUACUCGAUCAAAAACACCGAAGCUUCAAACGAGCUGGUGAACCUUGUCACCCGUACGAGCCAUUCAAAUGCCCCGGCGAUGGAGCCUGCAUUUCAAUUCAGUAUUUGUGCGACGGAGCUGCCGACUGUCCCGACGGAUACGACGAAGAUCUUCGCCUCUGCACUGCAGCCAAACGACCUCCUGUCGAAGAAACGGCCAGCUUCCUGCAAGCCCUAAUCAGUAGCCACGGACCGGAUUUCCUCGAGAAGCUUUUCGGUGCAAAAGCUCGUAACGCGCUGGAACCUUUGGGAGGCGUCGAGCGCGUCGCCAUCGCCCUUUCAGAAUCUCAGACCAUCGGCGAUUUCGGGAGCGCGUUGCGUCUAAUGCGCUCGGACUUGGAACAUUUGCGAUCGAUUUUCGCCGGCAUCCAGAGCGGCGACAUGACGGCAUUGGCUUCGUUGGGGAUUAAAGACGCUGAACUGGGCGAUGUCAAAUUCUUCUUGGAGAAACUCAUCAAAACUGGAUUUCUCGACUAAAAGGAAAAAGAGGAAAAGGAAAUGGCAGAAGUGUCAUUGGCAGAAAAUAUUCACUGCGUCAAGUGAAAGACAAAAAGAUAAUAAUAAAAAUAAUUCGGCCAACAGGCAAAUUCUAAAAAAAGUAAAGAUGAACUCCGUGUAGCACAAAGAAAAAAGAGAAGCAAAUAGCCCUUCUAUAUAAGAAUUAAUGUCUGAAUAUUCCCUUUCUAAUUGUUGGUUAUUUUAAGUAGAAGUUUUUCAUUUAAUCAAAUUAGCUUUUAAAAAAAAAUAUGCUGUAUACAUAGGCUAAAGUUUACAUUUUCUGUGCUAGCGUCUAUGCGCCGGAUGGAUUUUAUGAUCCAAAGUCUUCUCUACAAAAUCAUCCUACAGACGCACACUAGUUGUGUUGACCUGCAUCGAACCGAUUACCGGGAAAGUCAUUUUCGUUUAUUGUUUUUUCUUUUAAUAAUUCAACGCUGGUUCGCCAUCGAUUUGCAAGAGACAUCUAGCACGGACCUGAAGAUGGAAAAGAGAAAAAUUAGCUCGAUGAAAUGAAGUAUGGAUUAUUAUAUUUACGCGAAUCAUGUAACCUUCUUCUCUUUCUUCUAUACACACAAUCAUAUGGCUAUCCAUUAUCUUCGAUGUUAACGUCAGAGUCUUCUAAAAAUAGGAUGAAAAAACAA